AUGAGCUGGGUCCAUAAUCUCACCCACCCGGAUCCCCACAGCCAUGUUGCGCGGGUCAUCGCUAUCUGCUUGACCUUCAGCAUCAGCGCUGUACUGGCCGUGCUGCUACGGCUUCACGUCCGGUUGCACACCAAGCGCGACCUCUGGCUCGACGACUAUGCGGCGAUUGCAGUGCAGUGCUGGGAGACACGGUAUGGUCUUGGACUGGAUGUAGCGUCUUUUCCUGAUGUCAAAGUGGUGAUGUUCAGUAAGGUUUGUAUUCUUCACCUUUAG